AUGAACACCAUUUACACCAGGGACCGGUAUCUUGCAGGAUAUCUUGUGGUUGUUGAGAGAGACCACGCUGGCCUCGCCAAUGGCACGGCUGCCCCUGAGGAGCACCUGCCUCGCUACUUCGCGAAGCAUGGUCAUGUUGGCGAGGACCCUAAGAAGAUCAAGAAGAGCGGUGGUGGAAAGGGCAACUGGGGCAACCCUGGUGAUGAGGUUCUUGACGACCAGUUCAAUUUCUCCAACGCUCGUCGCCGAUCCAACUCGUCCGGCUACGCCAACAACCUCCAGGACUUCAAGACCAAGUUCGAGUUCAACGAGCCCGAGCCUGUCUUUGAGGAGUCCGUUCACGGUGCCGAGGACCCCGAGCUCACUAAGACCGACACUGCCUCCUCUGCCAGUGGUGUUUCUGUCGACGAGAAUUCUGCCAAGAGCGCCUAA